AAGCAAUCCAUGAGAGUCAGCUGUUUGCUGUAUCACAACAAAGCUUUUUCAGUAAACAAUAAGAAAAGUCGUAGUUUUUCUGUGCAUUAUCUUAAAAUAUACUGAUUAAUUUUUUUGAGAAUAUUUAAUUGUUGUCUAAAUUUUAUAAAUGAGUGAAGAGAGUUAUCGGAGAAAUCAACCACUUCGUUAAAAAAACCUUGAUGCACGAUCCAAAUUUAUUAGACAAAUUGCCAGUGUUUACAACACCUCAUCAGCAGAUAACUUUUUAUGCAGAUGACCCAUCAUCACACCAACAAUUACUCUCAAUUAUCAACCCUUAUGAUUUCUUUGUUAAAUUUAAAAUUCUGGUAUCGCCAGAUUGUUCCAAGUAUUCAGUAUCUGAUGCCCAUGGUACCAUUAAGCCCCAUCACACAGCCACUGUUACUUUACAUCAUCUAGCAGUAAAUUCUAGUAAUAUUGGCGUAACUGAAAAAAUUAGGGUAUUCUUGUACAGUACAGUAGAUCGGACUAAAGUGAGUGGCAAGCGAGAUCUUUCUGUUGUACUUUUGGACUCUGCACCUAAAGAAAGGCUACGUUCUCAUGAAGUUGAUCGAUUUCAACAAUUAGAAGCAAGUUCUGCUGUGCAGGGACAGUUGAGACAGCAACCUCUGCCUGUACCCAUUGUUCAAGAGCAAAGGAGUAACAAUAAGGCUUUAUACAUAAUUGCUAUUAUACUAGGUAUACUAGUAUUAGCAAUGCCAAAAGAAGGUGAUGUCAAUGAGUACUUCCCUAACAUCCUUCCAAGACCAACAUCAGAAAUGAAACAAAUGGCAUGCUUUUUGCUAGGUAUUUUAUGUACUUUACUUUUCCAAAGUUGACAGCUACCUCGAUGCUUACAAUGAAAGAACUUGUGUCUUCAAUGGAACUUGAUGUUGAAAGUCUUUUAAACUGAUAAAAAAUUAUAUUUUGUCAGUCAUGUGCUAUUGUCGUUUUAUUUGGUUUAUCAAGUUUAACCUUUGGCUCAAUUUCACUCAGAAAGUGAAAGGAUGUUUUUAAAAACAGGUUCUAAAUGAACUAUAUGUAACCAAUUGAACACUGGUUGCUUGACUUUUAUUUUGCUUAUUUGUUUAUUUUUAAUAUACAUUAGUCUCUGAAAUUUUGUAUUGCUUAUUUCAAUGAUAAUAAUGAAAGCUAGUUGUUUGUGCACACACUGAGAUUUAUUUUAUAGCUGUAAAGUGUAAAAUACUUUUUCAGAAAGAAUUUUAAUUUUUAAAACGAAUUAUGCUGAUAGAAAAUUGUUGAAUGUAAAUUUUAUGUAUUAUUAAUAAUCCAAUUAAAAUGUACUGUAUUAUGCUUCAUGUAAAAUGCACUGCUGUUGUGUAAAAUAUAGAAAGUGCAAUGAAUUUGUUAUGGCAUGCUUGUAUGGUAUCCUUGAUAUUGGACCAGCUCCGAUUGAAUAUAUGACGGUAGGUAGUAAAAGAAAAAGUGCAUUUACAUGUUAUUUAAUUAGUAGCCAUGUGCUCGAUAUUUCUAUUUUAAAUUGGUAGUUGAAAAUCUACUAUACUCAAACGCCACAAUGUGAAGUGUGAUUGAUUUCUUGUAUGGUUUUAAAAAAAUUUUUAGUAUUUAAUUUAGUUGUAAAUUUGAAUGAUUUAUUUAAAUGCAGUGUUUUUUUUUUGUUUGUUUGUUUGAUGAUGUUUACUGUGCAGCUGUUGACAGAGAUGCUUUUUGAUGCAUCUUUUUUUUUAUACAUGCAAUGUAAUUAUGAAACUCAUCCAUGUUUGUGUUCAGCUUGAAGAUCUAAAAUAAAUUUGUCUUUUUCCAAAUA